AUGUCACGACGUGUGUCCUCAUCUUGUAGUACAAUGCCAACAAUAUUUACUGAUCGUUGGCUUUCAUCAAAUUAUUUGCCAUGCGGAAUUUUACGAUUCAAAAAUGAAGAAUUUCUCAGCAGUCAAGUGGGUGAGAUAAUCGAUGAUGCAGAAAAAUUUUCCGUAUCAAUUGAUGCACGAAAUUUUGCACCAAAUGAAAUAACGGUGAAUACCGAAGGUAACGAACUCAAAAUUGGCGCAAUACAUGUUGACAGCAAAGGCAAGAAGCAAUUCGAACGGCGUUAUGUGAUACCGGAUAAUAUAAUGAUGGAAUGCAGUGAAACCAGAAUCAGUCCGGAUGGAAUACUUACUAUUACCUUAUUUAAAAAGCAUUUACCAUCGUAA